AUGGCCAAUCGGUAUCUGUCUUGUCUAAAUGAGGUGGAUGUUAUUACGGGCAUUCGUGGUCUCAAACUGUUGGCCAAACUCACCCUGGAUUCAAACCAGCGCACUUCCAUCAUGGUUCAUCGAAUUGGCAACACCUGGAUUCUGGAUGAGUUUAACAUAGAUUCAUUCCUACUCGCUGGCGAACAAUCACCUGAAUGGUAUUGGUUACGUAAAUUUCUAAUGAAGAAGAACUUUUAUCUCUGUUCUGAGGCUUUUUCGCGCAGUUCUUUGAUUCUCCGGGACUUGUACAUCAAAUUCCUGUACCACACUGUCGGUCAUUCUCCUCAUUUGGACCUGCAAAGAACGAUUGCAAGUUUGUCUUAUGGGAACGAGGUUGUCCGGAAAAGCCUCCCGCCUCCUGAUUCUUCCCCAGAAUGUCUUGGUUUCGGACGCCACGCUGUCACCCAACGGGAUACAUCAAACACAUCAAGCGGAUCUUCACCCUCUCCAUCUCGUCUCAUUGAGUCCCCCCGACACGAUGACAACUUGAACCGGUCUGUGGGGUUUCGGUCUCGUCUAGAUAAUGCUGGCUGCGGGAAACAGGCGUGGACAGCAAAUCCGGAUGAGUAUCUUCACAAAGCUAAGUGGCAGUUGCAAGACCUAAGUUUCCUUGUUGGUUCUGAUCUGGCCAUUUUUGGGACACCAACACACCCAUGUAUCAGCUUGAAGCUUAGCCCAAUGCAUGAGAGCAUCAACGUGUUGACCGGCGUUGAUAUGUGGCUAGAGAACAUACUUAACGAAGUACCGGAGGUUGUGAUGUGCUACCAUCGUGAAGGCAUCGUAAUGCAAGAAUAUGAAAUCUACAAAACUUGUGAUCUCCCAGCUGUUACAGGCUUCGAAACCGAACAGGUCUAUCGCACUGUACAAAACUUGGUUAUGUUUCUCAAACGGAACGCGACGCAAGAGGGGCACACAUACUGGCUUGUCAAGGAACCAGGUUUGGAUGUAGUCAAAUUGUACGAUUUGACGACGUUAUGUAACAAAGACGCUGUCCCAGGCCACGGGUCGCAAGACGAAUCAAACACAAAUCCCUUUAUCCUACCUGUCGCCACCCUGUGUUAUCGGCUGGCGGAACGCCGUUGGAAAGAAUACCAGUCCAGAUGGACAAGAAGGCUUUCAGGCCGUGUAGACACCAACGAAGCUGAAAAUAUGUUCGCAGACGAGGCAGAAAAUUUGUUAGACGCACUGCGUCUGGUUCGCAAUUGUUUGAACCUCAUCAAUCUAGCGGAGCUUUCGAAAAGCAAAGAAAACGAGAUUAGUGAGUCUGCAUCCACAGGACUGUCAGACUUGAAAAUCCGAGCGGUUUUGCUGAUGUGUCAACUCUAUCUGAUCACGCCGUCGGAUAUGAUAGCCUCCUGCAUUCGUCAACUUCAGUCCAUUGUGGAGUGCGGCCGCGAGGUCACUGUGGUACCUGUAAAAGACCUAGUUGCCUGUAAAGAGUUGAAUGACUUUCACGGUCCACCGCCACUGGAAUCUGAAGAGAGCAAUCUGGACAAUUGUGAACUACCACAUGAAGACGAACUGGUCAUAAAAUCGUCCAAACGAGCAAAACGUCGUUUGUUGGGCAAUAUUCUGAUGGAGGCAUUGAAGUCUUCAGACACGAGCCGGAUGUCAGAGUUAGCCAUUGCGAUAAUCGAAUCAUGCAACGCAAAUUUGCCAGUUGCUCCGUCGAGUUCCCCCAUACUGGACAUCAUACCACCGUUGACGAAUGAACGACCCACCAAUUCAACAUCCGACAUCUUGACUCGUUUCCAAUGUUCCACCCACGAAACCCUACCUACAAUACUACUACCAAUCUCCAUGUUAAAAAUCUAUUUGUGCAAAGCCCAGGAGUUCUGGCUGCGCAGCCAACAGAAUCUUUCCGCAAAACCCAGCGCACCGUCGACUUGCGCCAACCAUCUGAAGAUGGUUAUUCGCUAUACGAUCCCGUCUUUGCUGGUAUUAGAACAUAUUGUUCCCGACAACCAUACUGAGAGUUUCUCAGUAACACUGCACUGCAUGUGUCCUUACUGUGAAUCUACUGGAAUUCCCGAGUACCCUCCGUCCCCAGUUCUGGAUCGCCGGUUACUCGUCGAUUUGAUGUAUACUGCUAGCUGCCUUUUUCCGGCCUCACUUAUAUGUUACGCAGAUGCAGUUCGGGAGUCCGCUUCUGAACAACGCGCUCAUCUUUCCGAUUCAAUCCAGUUGGAGCCAGCGGACUGUCUAUUGCUGCGCGCUUCUUGUCCCUCCAGUGCGGCCUCUCUGCAAUUCUUGUUUGAAGCGACGAUACGCGGACCACUGGAAGCAUCUUCGAUCACCAGUACGCCGCCAACACCAGAUUCACUCCGUCAUUGGCUUGACUUACUGUACCUUGCUGUCCGUUGUAUUCGUCGCGUGUUCUCUUCGAAAAGAAGUGACAAGUCGUCAGUUGGUAAGGGACCAUUACAGCCAAAAGGAGGCAAGCUCCCCCACCAACAAAACAAAUCCAAAGAACAAUCUAAACGCACUUCAGUCCCUUCGGGAGCAGCUUCUUCAGCCAACAUUCAGUCGUCGCACGUGGAUCGAUUUAACAUCUCGUACGACUGGUGGUCUGUGUUGGUGAACAUGUAUGUGAUUGCUCUGAGGAGAGCAUUCUUGGACGUUCCACGUUCACCAGAUUUCCCUCGGGUAUUGGCUCGUGGCAUGAGUAUGAUUCGCAGCCCGCCUGCUGCAACUUCAAACCUGGAUGGAAAGUCGCAAUUACUCACAAGCACCAAUGAAUUCCAAUUGUACAAACUGGCAGCAGCAGCGACAGAACAGAAUAUACAGGGGAUUUGGACAGAUACGCUACGGUCCAUGCCGCCAGAUAGUGAUCCGAUACUCCCAUUGAAAACAUUGAUUUGGGAACAUGAUACGACAGCGCGGCCAGCAAACGAACAGCCUAGUGAGAAUCGGACAGACGAUAAAUUUUCCCUAACAUCCGUUUGCCUUGCACGGGCUAUCGACUCAUUGCUUAGGCACUUCUCUGCUGUCCGAAGUUGGAAUGCCUCAAAUGCAGUGGUACAAAUCCAGCUUUGCUCCAGUCUCCUCUGCACCUGCAACGAAUACAUUGCAUCUUGCGUUGGUGAAAUGGAUUCGAUUGAAUUCCCUCGGGUAUUGGCUCGUGGCAUGAGUAUGAUUCGCAGCCCGCCUGCUGCAACUUCAAACCUGGAUGGAAAGUCGCAAUUACUCACAAGCACCAAUGAAUUCCAAUUGUACAAACUGGCAGCAGCAGCGACAGAACAGAAUAUACAGGGGAUUUGGACAGAUACGCUACGGUCCAUGCCGCCAGAUAGUGAUCCGAUACUCCCAUUGAAAACAUUGAUUUGGGAACAUGAUACGACAGCGCGGCCAGCAAACGAACAGCCUAGUGAGAAUCGGACAGACGAUAAAUUUUCCCUAACAUCCGUUUGCCUUGCACGGGCUAUCGACUCAUUGCUUAGGCACUUCUCUGCUGUCCGAAGUUGGAAUGCCUCAAAUGCAGUGGUACAAAUCCAGCUUUGCUCCAGUCUCCUCUGCACCUGCAACGAAUACAUUGCAUCUUGCGUUGGUGAAAUGGAUUCGAUUGAACACAUGUGUACUGAGUACAUCAGUAUUCUUAAUACGGUCAUGAAGCAGGUGAUGCGUCGCCUGCCAGACGAUCUCAGCGUCUCGGACUCCGCACGUCUCACUUCAAGUGCAGCUUCCAGCACUUCUUUGCCCAAAAAUAUGGUGCUACAAAUGCUUGACUUCCGUUUGAACCAGAUGAACAUCGCUGUUCAGAUGCAUCGCAACUCUUCAGCUCUGCAAAGCAAUAACCGCUCCUCGCAGGCCCCUGCUUGGUCUACUAUUGUCGGACAAGCCAGAGCCGCCCUGAAUUGGCACGCGAAAUAUAUGGUUUUGCCCGAUCCAUCAGACAUAUCGGUUGCACCGGAAGUAGUAAUGGACCUGAAUAUGUUUCUAAAAUUGGUCAAUCGUUUGGUCGCUCUAGAGUCUGUCAAUCUCAGCGUACUUUCCCUUACCGGCGUGAUGACCAUUCUGAAAGAUUUGUCCUUGACCGAGCCAGUGGUUGCUGUCCUAAAUCACCGAUGGAAGUCCGAUCCAGUAUUCACAGAACACAAAGAAGCCUUGGAAAGAUCGUUGCAAUGUUUGCUGCAUAAUCUUCUAAUAUUCUGUCGCUAUGUUGUCAACAAACAGCAGUCUGCAAUACCAAACAAAACAGAAUGUAAAUCUGGCGGACGCAGAAAAGCAGCCAAACACAGAGGUUCCGAUUCCCAUCCGGCACUUUCUGCCGAAAUUGACUUGGCACUUUGUAUUACUCAGACACCGGAAGCACUUCAGCGACUUCGGUUGGAUAGCUUCGAUCAAUUACUCUCUGGACUCAAAGAAGAGGGCUUGGACGAUUUUGUCGUACUAUGCCCACUUCUAUCAGAGAAACUAAAACGAUUGUCUACCUAUUUCACUCAACGCUGAAGUGCUAUUUCUUACAUUUCGACGAGUUCUGUAUAUAUACUACCUCUGUCUUCAGAUUAUUUCAUAUUUUCCGACCGC